GCUUCGCUCAUCACAAUGAGUUCAAUGAUGCGAAAUGUUUUUAAAGAGACAAAAAUACCCGUGCCUGAUUACUUAUACAAAAUCUUACUAUUCGGUGAAACCAAUGAGCCGAGAAACAGAAGUUUAUCACACCCACCUAUUCUCCAACUCACUGACGCCAUUCUGAGGAGCUUACGGAGAUGCAAGGAACCCGGCAAAAUGAGCAAUAGAAUUAGCGGUUACACCAGAUUAAGCCAAGAUGAGGAAGAUGAAAACGAAAAUACACAGCUAGAAUUAAGGGAGCAAUCAAAUGAAAGAGUUCCGAAAGGAGUAUAUUUCAGUGACGAUGCAGAGCCACCAAGGCACAUCGACUACGUGUUGGUUUAUGAAACAAACCAAAAGGACAAUGAUAAUUCAAAUGACAGUAAGCAACACCAACGGAAAGCUUACGAAGACUGCUUGAGGAAAGAAGGGUUAAACAUAGAAUACGAUGAAAUCGUUUCUCCGCAGGAUCCGGAAGUCAAGCGACACUUUGUCCUCCUUCAUGCUCCAUGGCCCGUGUUGGCUAAAAAGGCUGAGGCGAUGCGUCUCAAAGUUCCGUUUCAAGAGAACGAUAUUGUGUUUAAGUCCUGGAUGGAGAAAAGCAUCGGAAGCGAAAGAAUGCAGUCACUUCGUCGGAGAAAUCCCUUGAUUGUGCAAGAUCCUACUUUAGAAGACAAGGGCAGCUACUUCAUGGCUAACUUCAAAGAAACCGAGGUUACUAAGUUUAUCAAUCACCACAACAAAGCGGAGUUUUUUGACAACAUUGACCGCAUAUACAUUGUGCAACAAAUUUGCUUCAAUGCUCGCUUUGCAGAAGGUCGACAUGGUGUUGGGCUCAGAAGAAUGAUCUAUGAGGGUGCAUAUCUGGCAGGAUACCCACUUCAUGAUGGUCCUGUUAAUCUAGAACCUGAGGAGGAGCCUUCCAAUAACCGACAGCGAUUGCAUCGAGAUUGGGCCAGAUUUGGGAGGUUUUAUAAAUUUCAGCCGUAUGGAGCAAUCAAGGAUUACUUUGGUAGCGAAAUCGCCCUGUACUUUGCUUGGCUUGGAUUUUACACGGCCAUGUUAGUACCGCUGGCCAUCAUUGGUCUUAUUGUGUUUCUGUACGGAAUUGGCGACGCGGCCUCUCACAUUCCAGUCAAAGAUGUCUGCGAUAAGAAAAACAAAGAUGUAUGGUACAUGUGUCCACUGUGCGACAGGCAGUGUAGCUACUGGGAUCUAGCCUCGUCAACCUGUCUCUAUGCCUACGUCACUCAUUUCUUUGACAAUGAUUGGACAGUUGGCUUGGCUCUCAUUGCGUCUGUGUGGGCGACUCUAUUCCUUGAGUUCUGGAAGCGUCGCCAAGCUAGUCUUGCUCAAGAGUGGCACACAGAUGACUUUGAAGAAGAAGAGGAACCUCUUCGUCCUGAGUACUCUGCAACCGUGACAACCCUGAGGAAAAAUGAAGCCACAGGAAAGAUGGAGCCGUACGUACCCAAGUUAACCCUAUACAAGCGGUAUGGCGGGGUUUUUAGCAUCAUCAUUUUCAUGAUUUUCCUCGUCAUCGCUGCUGUAAUUGGUGUAGUCGUUUAUCGUGCUGCAGUUUUUGCUUCCUUAAGUGGAAACAAAGACAAACAAAUCCAAACACGUGCCAGGAUUAUUACCUCAGCAACUGCUGCUCUCCUUAAUCUUCUCGCAAUCAACCUCCUGAAGUUUGCUUACAGCAAAUUGGCCGUCUUCCUGACUGACUGGGAGAACCCACCCACGCGCACCGACUACGAAGACAGCUUUACUUGGAAAAUGUACUUGUUUCAAUUUGUGAACACAUAUGCCUCCAUUUUUUACAUUGCCUUUUUCAAGUCAGGGUUGGUAGUCGGAACCCCUGGAAGGUACAAGCGCAUAGGUGGUCGUUUUCGAUUGGAUGGGUGCAGCGAGCAAGGAUGCUUCUUGGAGCUUUGUGUCCAGCUUCUCAUCAUCAUGGUUGGACAGCAGAUCAUUGGAAACGUCACUGAAGUUGUAAUACCAUACGUCUUGUAUUGGUUAAAGAGGCGCAAAGAAACUAAGAAAGAUCAAACACAGUAUGAGCAUGACUAUGAUCUCAGUCCACAAGGUGACCACUACAUGUUUUGGGAGUAUCUCGAAGUUGUUUUGCAAUAUGGAUUUGUAACCAUGUUCGUGGCUGCAUUCCCUCUGGGUCCUCUGUUUGCCCUUAUUACUGCCAUAGUUGAAAUCCGUGUAGAUGCCAUCAACUUUGUAUCGCAGUUCAGGAGGCCAGACGCUGCACGUGCUGAAGAUAUUGGAGCCUGGUUCCGAAUCCUUGAGGGUGUGACUAAAAUUUCAGUCCUUGUGAAUGCAUUUGUGCUGGCCUUUACCUCAGAGUACAUCCCAAAGCUUCUUUACAGAAUGAAAUAUGCUCCGGAUCGCGACUCGCCAGGAGGAGCCACCUUGACUGGAUACAUCGACAACUCUUUGGCGUCUAUUAAUCUGACAUACCUGUUCGAGCAAGAACCUGGAACAGAGCCAGAAAACGUUUAUGAAAAUCUCAAUUACACCAAGGGAUAUUGCAGAUAUAAUGGAUAUUUUGCAUCGACCGCACCUUACAAACAAAACAAGCAAUACUGGCACGUGAUAGCUGCGCGCCUCGCAUUCGUGUUUGUGUUCCAGUUCUCUGUGUACCUCAUCACCGGUUUCAUCGCCUAUAUGGUACCUGAUGUUCCAAAGGAUCUGGAUUUGAAGGCAAAACGAGAAAAGCAUUUGACGAAGUUGGCGUUUAAAAAGAAGUAUGAUAUCGAUGAGAGCAAUGGAGACCAUCACGUGCUUGGUGAUAAUGAGAUGCUGUAAUGAGGUUAAUACUUUAUCAUAAUUUCAGAACAGCUGUGGAAAUAAAACACACGACUGACCAUCACCAGCCAUAAGUAUGAAAAUGAAUUUUCAGAUCGAAACAUCAUUCUUUCAGCUAAAUAAACAAUACAUGAAAAAUUUAUUUUCGUGUACUUGGCAUGGCUCAUUUUUCGUGCGAUUUUCCCGCACUGCCCCCAUUUCAAAGGCCCAUGUUUCAGUUUUGUCUUUUGUUAAGGGCUUCAAAUUUUCUACGUGGAUAAAACUUUUCAUGUAAUAAAUCAUCACUUGCGUGUAAUAUGUUCUGACCAUUUAGUAAUAUCUUGUACUAUACAAUUUUAGAAAAAAAAGGUAGAAAUAUUUUUUACAUAUUAGGCAAUUUUCGCAGUUUUGACUCGUCUAAAUUUUGAGUCGUAAGAAUUGUUUGUUUUAUGUUCUGUUACAUUCAGAGCAAGUACUAUCUCAAGCUAAUUCGAUAUUUUCAUAUCUUACAAAUGUAUUUUGGCUCAUCAUUACUUUGAACGAUGGUUUAGUUUAGAAACAGGUACUGAUAACCUUAAUCUAGACGAGAGUUUGUAUAUUUCGCUUGGUGCUCUAGCGUUCAAGGUUAAGAACAAAAAGCAUCAUUUAUUGUAAAAUGUUCCUUUUUUUCUCUGAAAAGGACCCAGCGUGCGAUUGCGAUAAACUAAAAGUGGAAUCUUUAAUUCAGCACUUGCAAAGUUGCAAGUGAUCAUUUUCAAUUAAGAAAAAAAAUAAACAAAUCCCUAAGGUUCAUGAU